AUGUAUGAUUCCUCGGCUUAUCGUCGUACAACAGCACCUAGAACCAACUUCAACCGUAACACUGGUUCUGUGGACACAGCUACCCCCUCGUUCGUCAAGGCCCACCUAGAUGGUCACCCGUUGAAGGAGUUCACGACGCCAUACAUUCGUGCUGGCAUCGUGACUUCUACAACGUCGACCUUGGCUCCAAACUUGACGAACCUCGGGGGUAGCGCAGUCUCGGAGCCGAACAUUGCCAUCACUGACGUCCAGGCUGUUAGCUCGUAUUCGUGGGUGGAAUCAGAGACGCCCGUGAUCAUCGUACCAGGAUCACCCAACAUCUGGACGAGCAAGAAUCCUCGCUAUGUCGUUCAGGACUCUGGUAUGGUGUUCCAGGACCAGAAUGCCGCACGCAUGGGUUCCAAUGCAUCCCCUCUGUCUCCUCUGUUCGCCUCGAUUGAGACGAUGUACGGCAGCAACAGUGGCGUCGACACGAGCCACCGUGGAGGGUUCGACUAUGCAUCGCUGGACGUCAUUACCGACAGGAACAACCUGCGGAAGUUGCUCCGCUGGGUAUCUGGCCCUGGUACUGCGGCGAACGGGCGUGCAGCCGAGGCAUUCCGCAUCGACGUACAACGCGUUGGCAAGACAUGCGUGUUCACGCGACGCGAUGCCCAGGUGCGUGAAUAUAUCACCGGGUUCCGUGGGUAUGGGCAUGAGUAUGAGAAGGCGUCGACAAAGCUCGCAGAGGGGUGUGAGGAUGCGACGGGUCAUCAUAGAGUUGUUCGCAUGAGCUUCGGUGGUCUGAGCGUUCUUCUCAGGUUCGAGGUAGACGCUUGUGUUGACAGCGCCCUCGCGACGAAACAGGGAGAAGGGGAUCUCCUCACUGCUUUCUCAGGGCUGACUGUCAGAAGCGCCGCGAAAGCCAAAGUUCCUACACGCAGCAGCAUCUUCGGCUUAUCGGUUCGCCUACAGCCAUCGUCAGCUCUCCUCAGUAACGGGCAGGUCGGAAAACGAGAGAUCGUACCCCACUCCUCGCUUAUCGAACUCAAGACUCGCGCCUCGCACCGCUCGCUUGACUGGGAGGAGACCUAUCCGCAGCUCUACCUCUCCCAGACGUCUCACCUGUAUCUCGCGCAACACCAGCGCGGCGCGUUCAGUUCCAAUGUCGUGAAGUACAAGCUGGAGAGUAUGGAGUCGGAUGCCAUGGCGGCACCCGAGGUGCGCAGAGCCAGGGAGGGGCUGAAGAAGCUGAGGGCGCUGCUGGAAGAGAUUUUGGACGAAGUGAGGAAGAUAGACGAUGAGAGCGUCCAUCUGAGCCUGGUGGGUGAGGGGCAAACGCUCUCGCUGUACAAGAGGAAGGAGUGGACGGGUAAGAGGCUUUCGGACGAGAUGAUCCGUGUCAUGAAACGGGUUUGAAGCACCGAUAGUUCGGGUAUGUGUAAGUUAGUAGCUUGAAGCGAUCUUGAGAACUUGAUCCUUGGCAAUGUGUAACAUC